AUGGGGACCGUGUCAACAGGCAUGUCUAUUGUCAAGUACUCGAAUUUCACCGAGACUGUAACAGAAAUUAUAACUAAAACUAUUUAUGUGCCAGUUUAUCAUUCUGUGACCUACUCUACUGAGCACUUCCCAACUGAAUUCAACAGUAGUAUUCCGGUAAGCACAAAAGACUUAGCAGAAUUUCUUAGUGAGGGCCAAACUGAAAGGUAUUGGUAUCCCGCAAAUACAGCAGAGCCAGAAUUUGCAUAUGGCUUAGACGGAAUAUUACAUUUAGGGCACCACGCUAUUUCUACUACUCAGGAGAAGUGUGGAGAGCAAAGCAUUACAACCGGGCACCAUCUGACAGUGACUGGCGGGUCAGAAGACGGCAGAGAGGAGAUCAAGGUAGAAGAAUUACUACAGCAAGACUCUGAAGGAGAAUCAGGAGAAGUAGACGAGGCGCAUUUCUGGCCGCAGGUAGGACAGGAGAAACUUGAGGGUCUUCUGGAAGUUGGUUGGCCAGUGGGUGGUGCUGAUGAACAGGAUGAAGUGGAUGUGGAACAAAAAGAAUUAGAACAAAACAAAACGGAGGAAACAUUACACGGCCAUACCAGCUGGGUAUUAGAAAAUGGACAAAAGAAAGAUCCACCGACUCCAGCAGAAAGUGCAGAAGAGCAAGAAAAAGUACCAGCAGCUACAGCUACUCAAUUGAAUGAUAUUUUUCUAGCCACCCCAGCGCCAGCAUCCAAUAACAUUCAUUCAAACGGCACUGAGUUGUCAGAGAGUGUACAUGUAACCGAACCCAACACGCAAUCGCCCAUGUCAGAGCAUUUCUCGCUACGGGGAGCACCCAGGAUCACCAGAAAAACUUUCAAUGGGGUAGUUGCACACAAUUGGUCGUACGCAUCAACCUUCAAAGGUGAGUCUCCACAGCUCAGGUAUCUCCCAGUCUACACUACGCUAUUCUUUACAAUUGCAGCCAUUCCACUUCUUCUCUAG